AUGCUGCUCAAGCUCACUCCCGCCAUCCAGAAGCUCCUGCAGGAGGCCGCCACUGAUCAGGGCGUCCCCCAGGACGUGAGGGCUGCUGCCGAGGCGGCGGUGGGCGCAGGCGCCAGCGGCAGCGUGGACUGGGCGACAGUCAAGGCCGCCGCGCAGUUCGUCAAGCAGCACAAGGGAGCAGAUGCGGUGCCUCCGCUAGACCAGCUGUGCCGCGGCAGCGCCAUCGCCUUCCCGCAGCCGCGCAGGCGGGAGGGCAAGCCUCCGGAGCUGCAGCGGCGGCUGGAGGAGCUACGGGCGCGGCUGGAGCAGGCGCAGUAUGACGCCAUGGUGGCGGAUGUGACGCAGGGGGAGCGCGCGGCGGCGGCGGCUCGCGAGGGCGGGCUGGCCACCUACCGCCAGCAGAUCUCGUUUGGGGUGCAUGUGCUCGCCAUGAUGGCCGCUUUCUACAUCUUCGGCCAUGUGCUGGGCAUGGCGGCAACCAGCAACCGCGCUCUGCAUCCCAUGGUGGGCCUGGUGUUGAUGAUGAUUGCCAUGCUGCUGGAAACUGUGCUGUACAUCAUCCGCACCACGGUACCGCCCAAGCUGCACCAGGAGGCUGCGCGGCGCGCGGUGGCGGCGCGCGUGGCUGGCCAGCAAGAGAGGCUCAGGAGGGAGAUGGCGGCGACGGCGGCGGAGGGCGAGGCAGGCGCGGCGGCACCUGCCGGCGCCAGGGAUGAGCAGGAAGGCGGCUUGGAGCAGCUGCCGCCGGGCAGGCAGAAGCCGGCGGGCGAGAAGAAAGAAGACUGA